CCAUCUCUCCAAUACUGUCAAUAAAUCUAUCUUUUGUGAUCAGUCUCCGUGGUGUAUUUAUUUUACCCGUUUCUCUAUAAGAGUUAUUUGUUUUUAGAUUUAUUUAUCUAAUUUAUUUGUAUUUCAUUCUUCCAUAUUUAGUACUACAUUCGAAUGAACUUGUUGGGCUUUGUGGUUUUCUGUUAAGAGGAACAGAUAGUAAAAACUGGGACAAUAACUACAAUUGUAGUUAAUUUUGCAUAAAAAGCUAUCAUAUGGCUUCAGAAAAGCUGAAAUAACGGGCAUGAGUUGUACAGUUGGAUUUAUUUUUGUUAAAUUAUUACUUGGUUUGAGAGGCUCACGGUAAACCUUGUUAUCGUCAGGAGUAGCAUAAUUUGCCUAUGCAAAAUAUGGGCUUAAUUAAUUUGUGGGCAGUUGUAUUCUGCAGUAAAAUAAUGGUCAAGUGAGAGCUCAGUGGUACUUCAAAAUCUUGUUUAGACCAAAACAUCAGUUGUUUCCUCUGGACACCGUUCACUUUCAUUGUGCAGAAAACAGCAGCGUCAUCAUUUCAAUACAAAUGCUCCAUGUGCAAAAGGAACCACCUUCAGUGUAGAUCGUGACAAAAAAUGUCAACUAUUCCUUUAAAACUGUUCUUGAGUAGUACAUGAUCUUCAGUCUCAGAAAGUGAAACGACAAUUCAGCGGGAAGUGUGUAAAGUUUGGACCGCACUGCGGCGUCGUGGAAAGUUAAUAACCUACAAAACUUGUGACUGAGUGAACAGGAAGGGAAAUAGAAGUAUAGUUCAUUUUACGGUUUCGUUCAAGCGAUCAUAAUGAGCAAAAAAGGUUGCUGUAAUUCAGUAGGUGAGUGUUUUUUCGACUACUACACGUCAAAAAUAUUAGUGAUAAGAAGCAGGAAAGUGGGAACGCUGAAUCGGUUCACUCAAGCUUUAGUCAUAGCCUACGUCGUCGGGUAUGUGUGUGUUCUUAAGAAAGGCUACCAGGACACGGACACCGUCCUCAGCUCUGUCACGACCAAAGUGAAAGGCAUUGCUCUCACAAACACUACUGAGUUGGGUGAACGGAUCUGGGAUGUGGCUGACUACAUCAUCCCACCUCAGGUAGUCCGUCGAUUUGACGAAGAGGAGGAGGAUGGAUCAUUCUUUGUGCUGACCAAUAUGAUCAUCACCCCAAAUCAAACACAGUCGAAAUGUGCUGAGAAUCCGACCCCAGCAUCCAUAUGCACUUCUCACAGGGACUGCAAAAGAGGCUUCAAUGAUGCUCGUGGAGAUGGUGUUCAGACAGGUAGAUGUGUCAAUUACAAUGACACAGUGAAGACUUGUGAAGUGCUGUCCUGGUGUCCUUUAGAGAAGAUUGUUGAACCCCCAAAUCCACCACUUCUGGCAGAUGCUGAAAACUUCACUGUGCUCAUAAAAAAUAACAUUCGUUAUCCCAAAUUUAAUUUCAACAAAAGGAAUAUCCUACCAAAUAUAAAUAGCUCCUACUUGACACAGUGUGUGUUCAGCCGCAAGACAGACCCUGACUGCCCUAUCUUCAGACUCAAAGACAUUGUUGAAGAGGCUGAAGAGGAUUUUCAGACCAUGGCAGUCCAUGGGGGAGUGAUGGGAGUGCAGAUCCGGUGGGAUUGUGAUCUUGACAUGCCACAGAGCUGGUGUGUGCCUCGCUACACUUUCCGCAGACUAGACAACAAAGACCCUGAAAAUAACGUGGCCCCCGGAUACAACUUCAGAUUUGCUAAAUAUUACAAGGACAGUGAUGGCACAGAGACUAGGACGCUUAUCAAGGGUUAUGGUAUUCGCUUUGAUGUCUUGGUAUUUGGCCAGGCAGGAAAAUUUAAUAUCAUACCAACACUUCUGAAUAUAGGUGCAGGCUUGGCACUUUUAGGCCUGGUGAAUGUUAUCUGUGAUUGGAUUGUCCUGACAAUUAUGACUAGAAAGCAUCAUUACAAAGAGCAGAAGUAUACAUAUGUUGAUGACUUUGGACUUUUAUCCAAUGAAGAAACAUAGAAGAUCUUCAGGCUACCGAUUCAACACUAAUUCUAUGCAAAUUUCAUCAUGAAGUUAAUGUAUUUCUCAGGUUUACAAAAUGAACAAUCAAAGUAAUAGUGAAUUAAAAAAAAAUACAUUUGGA